GUCAGCUCAGCCUGAGCUCAUUCUCAAGUCCUACAUCAUAGGUCGAUAUCCUCAACUACACUGCAAUGAAAAGGGAUGAAAUCUAGACACGGGGAAACACUUGGACCUGUGAGAGGAAAUGAUUCAAGACAAGCACUGCACAAACAAUGUUUGCACAGAGCUCUAUGACCUUAAUCCAAAAACGUGGCCUGGAGUUGCUGCUUUAGUCUUGCUGCUGAUCUUCUCCUGAAGCAGCACAACUAGGAGUCCCGAUGGAUUUCUCUCAACUCUGCAUGGAUGACCAAAGACAGUCACCAACGCCCCCUACAGCCAGUCAAAGUGAGGAUUUGGACUCUUUGUCUUGUCUGCAAAGUCCCAAAGAAAAUAAACUGUCUACAUAUGAGACUUUGUUUGAUCUUUCAGAGCUCAAUGACAGCAGUAAAGGUAUGGAAUUCAAUGAAGAAACUACUGAGACUUUGUCAAACAUUUCCAAAAGCCUUCCUCAGGAGAAAAACUCUGACUCAGACUCAAGAGCAGAUUUAGAGGGGUUUUUAUCUUGUGCAGAACAUGCACAAAAAGAUGAUAAUAUCAGGGUUUCUAACCAUUUUGGCCUCCAAAAACCAGGAUUACCACUUUUAUCUACAUUGUCUCAUGACCCUAUUUCACCCUUAACUGAUUCUUUCCCUGACAUACGACAAGAACCAUCCCUCUCCCUCUCUGCUCAAACUUUUGAUGGCUCAAUGAAGCCAUCUCUCCCUGAGUCUCUUUCCACUUCUAGGUUUAGCCCUGAAUGCACUAAAGCCACUUGUCAGUCAAGGUCUUUAUCACAUAGGUCAGAUAGUUUAGAGGGUGAUAUUGCUAAAGCACAAGUGUCAGAGCUUUAUAUAUUUGAAAGUGAGACAUUAGAUUUUAUCCUUAGCUCCAAUGUAGAUCCCCAGGAGAUUAAAUGUCCUGAGCUAAAGCCAUUAUCAGAAACAGAGGGGACUCAGGCAGACCCUAACUGUGAUAUAAAUGCUCAGAUGAAUGAUUCAGAAAACCUGGUGACACAAUGUCAUCACGGCUCUGGUGAGGAACAAGCUAUAGCAGACUGUGAGUCACACGUGAGGUAUCAUACGAGGCUAGUUUCACCUGCUGUGGAUGCCUGCGAGGCAGGCUUGAUGUCGGGAAAUGAUGCAGGCGAAAGGGCAGCAGAGGUCGCUGAUUCAACCCCCCAAACAAGUCAAAGCGACAGCCCUAUUGAGCUGUGGCAGGACGCAUGCCAGUAUCUGACACAUGAGGACACAGAAGAUCAGGAUGUUUUGGACAAGACAAGUCUUUCUGUGAUGCAAGGAGUGCGUAGUGACUGGUAUUUUCCUCAAGGAGAGACACAAGGAUCAGGUUGCUUCUUUGAUGGGAGCGAGUGGAUUGGCUGGUCCGGCGAUGACACUAAAGGUUGGGGGCCACCGGUUGAGAGGUGGUCUUCUGUGGACAGCUGGGCAAGCGCACUCUCAGACUGGACAGAGAUAAUUGCAGCUCCACCGGAGGACUUUACAGCUGCAUUCACAGAGAUAGGCGCUGAGAUAGAUGCUUUGACACAGGCACUAGCAGAGGUAAAUACUCAAAUAGACACAGAGACAUCCAGAGGAAGACAGGAUCAAGAGAUAGCAGCACAGGCACAGUCGCAACUACCCAUGGGUGUCCAGGAUCAGCCUCAAAACAUCCCGGAGGGGUCCAUCCUCUCUGGGCAGGGCUGCCUUUUUUUCAACCUUGACUCUGCUGAAAAUGAACUCAGAGAAAGAGAGGUCUACCAGAGAGUUGAAUCUUUAUGCGAUUCAGGAGAAGCUAUACCCGUUCAAAACGUAUCAGAGGAGAUCCAGAGCAGCCUGGCUGAAAGCGCUCAAAGCCCUUCACAACAGGAGAUGACGAUGGGAUCAUCAGUAGCUGCAUUACCUUCUACCGGAGGGUACGACUUAGGUGUGACUUCUGGAUCCACUUCUUCCACUCAUCAGUACGUUUGUCCGUUUUGUGGAUUUGGAGAGUCAGCGGAGACGGACAGUUCAAUUAGCAAUGAAGAAGACUCAGUUAUACUGAAUAUAAUAGAGGAGACAGAUUCGGCAGGACGGGAUGCACCUGCAGAGUUCAUAAUGAAUGAGCCCUUUGGAGGUGAACUGUGUGAAGUGACAGAUGAAUGCAUCGUCCCUCAGCCGGUCUCCAUUGACAAGCAGGAAGCUAAAAGGAGCCUUAGGCCAGCUGAGGUUGAUCACGAAGGAACCCAAUGUACAACGGAUCUAUAUUUCCUCGCCACACACACUUCGACAGACUGGCACGUGCCAGGUGGAGACAUAAAACCUGGCCUGCAUAUUAAUGUUCCUGCACACGUGUCAACUGACACUUCACCAGACUUUGACGGAGCAAGUCAGUUGGAGUCACAGGGGGGGAGUCCUAAGUUUAUUAUGCCCUUGGCCCCUCUUAAUAUUAGCUCCUCCCUCGUCUGUCGAACAAGAAGUUUGGACUCAGAUCAAACUUGUUCCAAAAGCAAUCUCAAUGACAACAGAGACCUCAGUUGUGGUUACAUACAACCUUGCGCUCUUUGGCCAACCUUGGAUGGGAUUACUGGUGAACAAUCUUUCAAAGGUGAUGAGGAUUUGGUCAUUAAAAAGGAAAAUACAGUAGAGCCCUCUGAGACAUCUUCAAAAGAUAAUCAACUGGACUCUAACAUUGAGUGUUUCUUCACAACGAGGAAAACAAUAAAUGAGGAUAUUAGUUACCUCAGUAGAGAACUUUCAAACUUGGCUGUCAUCCCUGAGGAUAAUUUUAUUAUCUCAGAGGAGAACCGUGUUGCUUAUGUUACUCUAGAUGUAAAUGAUCCGUUUGCCCCCAGGGUUCCAAAACCAAUCAACACUGAAGUAAAAUCCAGAGAGGCCGAAGUUAAUCCAAAAACAGCUGAAAAGAUGCCUCAUAAAACCCACAAAUCCAGUUCAGAGGGAAAAUCUCGCCCCAAAAAGGACAAGUCAGCGGGCCAUCACCAUGGCACACAAACUUCCAAGAAACAAGAGAAUUUAUCACACCAUGUUCCAGCCCAGCAAGUUUGCAAACAGCAAGAACUCCAUCCCCUUUCUGGAGAAAAUCAUACCAGUGAAAACACUCCAGCUGUGCUUGAGGACAAAGAGGCUAAACUGAUGAUUGAGACUUGUGUUGCAAAUGAGAAAGCUCCAUGUAAGCACAGCAAGAAGAAGAAGAAACACACUCAGAAUGUAACAGGAGCCAAAUCUGUUGGGGAACCACUAGUUGAAGUUGAGAAUGGAGCACAGCCAAAGACUGCAAAAGGAAAGAUUGACAUGUUUGAGGCCAAGCUGGAUGCUAAGACUCAAAAGGACAGCAAUAAGGCAAGUAGUGCUGAGAAGAUUUUCCAGGAAUCAGAGGCUCAAGCCUUCCAGGAAGAACAAAAGCCACAUCACACAGACCAAGCAAAAAAGUCCGCCAGUCCUCCGAAAGAUGAUAUCAUUAAAAAGCGACGUCUAUUGGCGGAUAAGUUUGGAAAGAUUGUCAGUGCUUUGGAGUCUAAACUACCAAAGCCAGAUGUUUCUGUCAAGGCCAAGGGAGAGCAAGCCAAAGUGGAUGCAGGGGCGACUCGUAAGAAGGCGUACAGCGAUGUGGUCAAACAGAGCAUUACAUCAACAGAGGAAAUCAAGGUGGUGAAGACAAUCCAGCCUGAGUCUGUGAGUGGGGACCCUCAAAGUAUGUGCCUGUGGUGUCAGUUUUCUGCUGUGUUCUUCAACCACACGGUCACCUGGAGCAGAGAUGGCACUGUCCUGGCUGAGAUCAAGAGAAGUGCAGGGGAUGAGAGCAGAGUGUCGCUGACCAUCUCCAACGCUUCACACAAAGACUUAGGAAAGUAUCAGUGCCGGCUCACCAGUUCACAUGGUUCUGUCGCCCUGGACUAUCUUCUUACAUAUGAAGUGCUCAGUGAAAUUGUCAUACCUGCAGCUCCAAAGAUUGUUCCAUCCACUCCAGUGGAGGUAGGGGGUGAAGAAGAGGAUGUCAACUGUUCCAGGCUGCUGUUCAAAGAGGAUUUCUUAUCUGAACAAUACUUUGGAGAGAAUCAACCCGCCAGUAUCAUCACUGAAAAGGUCCACUUUGGGGAAGGGAUGCACCGACGGGCUUUCCGGACUAAGUUACAAGCGGGUCAGAUCCCCCUGUUAGUACCUGGACACCCCUGUGUGCUCAAAGUGCACAACGCUAUCAGCUACGGCACCAAGAACAAUGACGAGCUUGUUCAGAAGAAUUUCAGCUUGGCUGUAGAGGAAUGCCAGGUCCAGAACACAGCAAGAGAGUAUAUCAAGGCAUACACCACUGCAGCCCAGUCAUUUGAAGCCUUUGGCGAGAUCCCAGAGAUCAUUCCCAUCUACCUAGUUCACCGUCCAUCCAAUGACAUCCCAUACGCCACACUGGAGGAGGAGUUGAUCGGGGAUUUUGUCAAGUAUUCAGUCAAGGAUGGCAAAGAGAUCAACCUGAUGAGGCGCGACUCAGAGGCAGGACAGAAGUGUUGUGCUUUCCAGCACUGGGUCUACCAAAAGACUGAUGGAAACCUGCUGGUUACUGACAUGCAAGGUGUGGGAAUGAGGCUCACUGAUGUGGGAAUAGCUACGUGUAAGAAAGGAUAUAAGGGCUUCAAAGGAAACUGUGCCACCUCCUUCAUUGACCAGUUUAAGGUGUUACACCAGUGCAACAGGUACUGUGAGAUUCUGGGCCUUAAAUCCCUCCAGCCCAAACCUAAGAAGGCUGCAGCUGCCCCUAAACCCAAACCCCAACCCGCUACUGCACCCAAGAAGAAAACAUUUGGGCCAACAGUAAAGAGCAAGUCAUAAUAGGACAAGGACGCUGGAGAGUGGGGAUGCAUUUUUUCAUUGAUUUUGCAAGGGUUCUGGUGAUUUGUGAACCCCUGGACCUUAGCUGAAUUUGAUCCAUCAAAGAAGACACAGGAGGUGGUCACAUUUUUGGUUGAUGGGUACUUCAUGGAGGAGAUGGAGGAUUGAAGUCUUUGCCUAACUAUCUUCUUUUAUUUGAUAAGAUUUCUUGCUUAAUCUCAUGUUGAACAUUUGAGAGGUUUAUUUAUUUCAAUUAUGACUUUACUGGAGAUGUUUUCUGUGAGAAUGGGACACUUUACUUCAAUGGUUUUGGGAAAACUGUGAUGAAUUUUAUGCUGUAACACUUGAAUAUGAUGAGGGAUGAUGUGUGUUUGGAUGUUGUUGAACUUUUAUGUCUUAGGGAUUGAUUUCUUGAUGACGUGCAAUGAUCUUUUUUCUACUUUGGUGAUGUUUUCAACUUUUUAGUUCAUUAAAUUAAUGAACUUUUAUUAACUGAUUAGCGGAAAUGUCUUCCAAGUAGUCUGUAUGGUGAAUACACUUAUAAAAGGAAAUUUUUUUUAUUUUGAGUUGUGUGACAUAGUAUGCGUGCGUAAGAUUGUGUGUUAGGUUUGCAAUUAGAUAUUUUUACUAGCCUUUAUUUAAUUCAAUGUGAGAACAUUUUAAUGUCUGGUUUAUUUAGUAAAGCUACAGAAGAAGAUGCUCACAUUUAUUUUGCAUAAGCAACAAAGUUACAUUUUGUACGCAUAAAGCUCAUCUUUCUUUCUGAAAAUGUGAAGAUUUCUUGUUUUAUUACUUGCUAUAAUUCUAGUUUUUGGUUUGAAAUAUCUGGCAUUGUUUCAAGGAGUCCAAACUUAAAGUCAUGAUCAAUUUAGAGCUUGCCUUUCUGAUCUUAUGAUCCUAAAAAUAGGCCUGCUAAUCAACUAAAGUCUUGAAAAGUCUCUAUAGUAAGCCUUUCUGUCCUGCUGUCACUGUUUUUUUUUUUCAAUCCCUCACCCAAAUUUCUGACUUGAUUCUCAGCGUUCUAAGGCCAGUGUGUAAGGGAACGCUAGAUCUUUGUUAUUAAAAAGAUGUUGUUGGCCAAGGAUGCUCUCUGAUUCCUUUGUUAUCAUCUUAAAUCAAUUCCAUAAGAGAGGGGAUUUGUGUCAUAAUUUGGCACUGUCAAACGUGUUUCUGC